AAUUGCUAACAUUAGCUAACUGUGUGAAGUGACAGACCAUUAUAUUAUGUAGUGCUCAGUUAGUUUCUACCAGUACAGUAUUGAAUUACAUCACAGGGCAAGUAAACAUCCAACCCGACUUUCUGUUGCAAGCACAAGUGGAAUAAAGAGUACCGUGAAGAAGAAGUUUUAAAGCCGUGGAUGGAAAGCCUGGAACCUGAAACCCUGUAUGUGCCACUGGAGCAGACUGGACAGCCCACACUCCCCGUCCCCAACUUAGAAGGCUCUAACUUGGAACUAGGGGGUGGGAAGAAGAUGAAUGGGUCUCUGGAGCACCCCGACCAACCAGACAUUGAUGCUAUUAAGAUGUUUGUCGGACAGAUCCCAAGGUCCUGGUCUGAAGAGCAGCUUCGGGAGCUAUUUGAGCCUUAUGGAGCAGUCUAUGAGAUCAAUGUUCUUCGAGACCGCAGCCAGAAUCCCCCACAGAGCAAAGGCUGCUGUUUUAUAACUUACUACACUCGCAAGUCAGCCUUGGAAGCACAGAAUGCUCUGCACAACAUGAAGAUUCUUCCAGGGAUGCACCACCCAAUCCAAAUGAAGCCAGCUGACAGUGAGAAAAACAAUGUGGAGGACAGGAAGCUGUUUAUUGGAAUGAUCUCAAAGAAGUGUAAUGAGAACGACAUCCGACUGAUGUUCUCCCCAUACGGACAGAUAGAGGAGUGCCGAAUACUUCGAGGCCCUGAUGGACUCAGCCGAGGGUGUGCGUUUGUGACUUUCACAGCGAGACAAAUGGCCCAGUCUGCCAUCAAGUCCUUGCAUCAGUCCCAGACUAUGGAGGGAUGUUCAUCACCCAUUGUGGUCAAGUUUGCAGACACUCAGAAGGACAAGGAACAGAAGCGCAUGGCCCAGCAGCUGCAGCAGCAGAUGCAGCAGCUCAGUGCUGCUUCCAUGUGGGGAAACCUCACUGGCCUCAACAGCCUUGGUCCACAGUACCUAGCACUCUACCUACAGUUGCUGCAGCAGUCAGCUUCCUCAGGGAACGCACUCAACAACUUGCACCCGGUUUCAGGUCUUCAUGCCAUGCAGAACCUGGCUGCUUUAGCAGCAGCAGCAACUGCCACACAGGCCACGCCCACAGGAACCAACACCAUGACAACAUCUAGUAGCCCUCUAAGUGCAUUAACAAGUUCAGGGUCGUCCCCCACCUCCAGCAGCAACUCCUCAGUGAACACCAUUGCUUCCUUGGGGGCGCUGCAGUCUCUGGUUGCUGGUGCUGGAGCAGGCCUUAACAUGGGCUCCCUGGCAGGCAUGGCAGCUCUGAAUGGUAGUCUUAGCUCUGGAGGCCUAUCCAAUGGCUCAGGAAGCACCAUGGAGGCACUGAGCCAGGCCUACUCAGGCAUCCAGCAGUACGCUGCUGCUGCCCUCCCCAGCCUGUAUAACCAGAGCCUGCUGUCCCAGCAGAGCGUCUCAGCAGCAGGCAGCCAAAAAGAAGCUGGGGACAGUUACAGCACCGGUCCAGAGGGUGCCAACUUGUUCAUUUACCACCUGCCCCAGGAGUUUGGUGACCAAGACCUGCUCCAGAUGUUCAUGCCUUUCGGAAAUGUCAUAUCUGCUAAAGUCUUCAUUGACAAACAGACAAACCUGAGCAAGUGUUUUGGCUUUGUGAGCUAUGACAACCCUGUGUCAUCACAGGCAGCCAUCCAGUCAAUGAAUGGUUUCCAGAUCGGCAUGAAGAGGCUGAAGGUGCAGCUGAAGCGCUCAAAGAACGACAGCAAGCCCUACUGAAGGUGCGAGGCACUGCAGACUUAGUUAGGCAGGGUGGUGUUAUGGUAAGUGGAGUAUGAUUAAUCAACUGAGAGCAGUCAGUCAGAACGAGUCUGUGCAUUAAAGGUGAUGAGGCUGCGCUGCCUCCCCUGGUCAUGACUCUAACAUGUCCAGGCAAAGAGACACUUGAAGCUAUAUGCAAGAUUUUUCAAGCUAUACUGGAUUCCUUCUGUGUUUUGUGUGGUUUAUGCACUUUGUUAUUGUUUGAACAAAUAAGACAAACAGGUGUAUUUUUAUUUAAGUUGAAAUGUAAUCAGUUUGCUGUGGUACAUAAUGCACAUAUGGGUUGAUUGUUAGGAUGUGUUGCAUAUUGACAUUCAGGAGUCAAAUUGAUGCCUUUUAUUGUUCUUCGUGUUGACCAUCCCUUGCACCGCCCAGACUCUGAAUAAAAGUCUGGAAAACACAGAGCUUCUAUAGAUAAGGAAACCAGAAUAAUUCAUAGGUUUUCUUUGGCAUUGUCACAAACCAAAAUCUGUGUUACUGCUUCUUGUGUAUAUUAGGUGUCUGUUUUACCUUGUGAAAUGGAGCCAAUGGAUGUGGUACAUACAUUGGACUGUUCAGGGUAAGGAAAGGUAAAGAAGCCUAUAUUUUUUUAUAAGGAGGAGCCCCACCAAAUCAUGCAUGGUACAUAUUGCAAAACACAUCCUGUUAGAUGGAGAAAGUGAGAGGCUGUUGUACUCAGAUAGAUGUUUCCAUUUACUUUUCUCAGGCAUAUGUUUAGAUACGUUUAAAGAUUUGGCUCAUGUGGAUGGUACACAUUUGGUUCUGUUGAAUACAAACAUUGUAAGGGCUAGUAAGGCACGCAUUGCUAAUACAAUUGAAACUAAGGAAUUGUUUGAAUUAGAAGGUAAGGAAACACUUUGUCUUGUUGGACUAAGCAGAAGACUCACUCUAAACAGGUUAUUACUCCAACAUGGGUGUU